CGAUCUGCUGUAGGAGAAGUUGGAGAAUUGGCCAUUACCACGUUUUGUGGGCUAGGUUUCAGAAAAGGAACCUCUUGCAUAAGGUGGUCACUGCGUCCCACUUGGCUGACCAUACAAGAGACAGAUCAGCUGAAAACCGGCCUGCCUAGUAUAAAACCGGACGAAUGGCCUCCCCGGGCCCGCCGGCCACCGCACCACAGGCCAUGAUCGUAUCUCGCCGGACCUGGGGCCCAGUAGCCGCCCCACCGCUACAAGACCUGUGGAGAGCCAGUGGGCCAGAGGACAACGAGGAUCCUGGGAUGGCUCGCCCCGCCCCACCGUGCUCCCGCCCUUUCCCCCACGCCGCCGCCGUGGGCCAGGGAAGGCUGAGAACUGCAGGGCGCGGCAAGGAGACCUCCGUGAGCGAAGAGGACUCUCCGGGGCAGACCUCUCCCCGACCCACACUCGUUCAGCGCAAGGCCGUGAGCGUGGAUUGGUCCGGGCCUGGGAACUCCCGCAGCCUCUACCUAACUGUGCAGCAGGCACUCCAGGACAAGGUGUACGAGUGCAACAGUCAGGUGAAGAAGGAGGAGAAGCACCAGAAGAGGCCAAUCCUGACCCCCAAACGGGACAGAGAGGCCCAGAGACAGGAAUCUGCCAUCAUGAGUGUUGAGAAAACAGGAGGAAGGCUCUUGGGCGGGAAGUGUUCGAGUCUGUCAGGAGCCCGUCAGUUACCCGUGAUCCAAAAGAUGGUGGAGUCCAUGUCCCAGCUGCAAGAGGAGAAAGCCCAGCUGCAGGAAGAGCUGCUGGCUCUGCAGGAGAAACUUGCCCUGAGGGAGAGUGACCAGCAGGCCGUGUCUGCCCAGCUGCAAGAGCAGGUGGAAAACCUCAAGGGGAAACUCGCUGGCCAAACCCAGGAGAUAAAUAGACUCCGAUCAGAGCUGGGUGGCACUGACUUGGAAAAGCAUCGGGAUCUGCUCCUGGUGGAAAACGAACGUCUGAAACAGGAAAUGAGAGUGUGUGAGGCUGAGGGGCAGGAGCUGAGGCCGAAGCCUUCGGCCUGCCCCGACUGUGAGCACAGCAAGGAGAGCGCAGAGCUGCGGAAGAGGAUGUCUGAGCUGCAGCUGGAGGUGGAGGAGAAUAAGGGGAGGCUGUCGGAGCUGGACCUGGAGGUGCAACAGAAGACCAACCGCUUGGCAGAGGUUGAGCUGCGGCUGAAAGAUUCCUUGGCAGAGAAGGCAGAGGAGGAGGAAAGGCUGAGCCGGCGGCUCCGGGACAGCCAGGAGACCAUCGCCACCCUCAGAGCUCAGCCCCAGCCCAUCAAGUACAUCAUCAAGACGGUGGAAGUGGAAUCCUCCAAGGCGAAGCAGGCGCUCUGUGAAACGCAGGCCCGGAACCAGUACCUGCAGGAGCAGGUGGGCAUGCAGAGGCAGGUCCUGAAGGAGAUGGAGCAGCAGCUCCAGAGCUCGCAGCAGACCACGGCCCAGCUUAAAGCCCAGAUCAUGAUGUACGAGUCGGAGCUGGAGCGGGCCCACGGCCAAAUGCUGGAGGAGAUGCAGUCCAUGGAAGAGGAGAAGAACCGCGCCAUUGAGGAGGCUUUCGCAAGAGCCCAAGUGGAGAUGAAAGCGGUGCACGAAAACCUGGCAGGGGUCCGGACCAACCUCCUGACUCUCCAGCCGGCACUCCGGACCCUCACCAGCGAUUACAACGGCCUGAAGCGGCAGGUGCGGGACUUCCCCCUGCUCCUCCAGGAAGCGCUGAAGACUGCCAGAACAGAGAUCGGCCAAGCCAUCGAAGAGGUGAACAGCACCAAUCACGAGCUGCUGAGGAAAUACCGCCGGGAGCUGCAGCUCCGCAAAAAGUGUCACAACGAGCUGGUGCGGCUGAAAGGAAACAUCCGGGUGAUCGGCCGAGUGCGACCGAUCACCAAAGAGGACGGGGAGGGGCCGGAUGCUGCCAACGCCGUGACGUUUGACCCCGAUGACGAUGCCAUCAUUCAUCUGCUCCAUAAGGGGAAACCAGUGUCUUUUGAGCUGGAUAAGGUGUUUCCCCCAACCUCGAGUCAGCAGGACGUGUUCCAGGAAGUCCAGGCCCUGAUCACUUCGUGCAUCGAUGGCUUCAACGUCUGCAUCUUCGCCUACGGACAGACAGGUGCCGGCAAGACCUAUACCAUGGAAGGAACCCCCGAAAACCCCGGCAUCAACCAGCGGGCCCUGCAGCUGCUGUUUUCCGAAGUUCGGGAGAAAGCCUCCGACUGGGAGUACAUGAUCACCGUGAGCGUGGCGGAGAUCUACAACGAAGCUCUCAGGGACUUGCUGGGAAAGGAGCCGCAGGAGAAGCUGGAGAUCAAGUUGUGUCCCGAUGGCAGCGGCCAGCUCUACGUCCCCGGGCUCACCGAGUUCAGAGUGCAGAGCGUGGAGGACAUCAACAAGGUGUUUGAAUUCGGACACACCAACAGGACCACCGAGCACACCAACCUGAAUGAGCACAGCUCUCGCUCUCACGCUCUCCUGAUCAUCACCGUCCGCGGGGUGGACUUCAGCACCGGCCUCAGGACCACAGGGAAGCUGAACCUGGUGGACCUGGCCGGGUCGGAGCGGGUGGGGAAGUCCGGAGCGGAGGGCUGCCGACUCCGAGAGGCCCAGUACAUCAACAAGUCGCUGUCGGCGCUGGGGGACGUGAUCUCCGCCCUGCGCUCCCGCCAGGGCCACGUGCCCUUCCGCAACUCCAAGCUCACCUACCUGCUUCAGGACUCCCUCAGUGGGGACAGCAAGACACUGAUGAUGGUGCAGGUGUCUCCUGUGGAGAAGAACACCAGCGAGACGCUCUGCUCCCUGAAGUUUGCCGAGAGGGUUCGGUCCGUGGAACUGGGCCCGGGGGCCCGGCGAGCGGAGUUGGCAUCCUGGUCAAGCCAGGAGCAUUUAGAGGUUGACGUCUCCCCCGCCCUGCUGCCUCCACCCCCUGCCCGGGCCCACUCCGCCCCCGGCUCCGGGACCCCGGUCGGACGAUCCGGCUCGAUACGGAGGAAGCUCCAGACCUCGGCCUGAAAUUAGGGGAUGGCCCGGCCUCUCCAGGGAAGACGAGGCCGGUGCUUGUAUGAGACGCUGGGACUGGAAGGACAGCAUCUGCUGAAGAUCCCCCAUGUGUGGGGCGAGGGAGAAUUCCUGACUGCAAAAGACUGGAAAGACAUCGGCACCUGUCCUGCUCUCCGCCUGCCUUUCCUGCCAACGACAUAGGACUUCAAGUUCCAAGGCUGGGCUCCCUUUCCCACAGGAAGGGGAGGGGACGGAUGGGCAGGGAGAGCCUCUCCCCCUCCGACCACAGUGGCUCACCUGCCGACUUGCCUGGAUGGAAACUGAGGCUGAGGGUGAUCCUCCCGUCCGGCUCCAGAGGCAAGGCACUGGGAAGGCUUUGAGUCUCGGGGAAGAAGGGUCCGGGCUGUGAGGGGCAACAGCAACGGGAAGCUUCCAGCCGAGGCCGAUCCUGGUCAGAGCUUCAGUGUGAAGGUGCCGGGAGGCCUGGCCCAAGGUGGAGGCCAUCCCUGGCUCCGUCAGCCCGUUGGCGUUGGGUUCCCCUCUGGGCUGACAGCUCCUGGCAAUGGGUGGAGGGAGAGACCACCCAAAGGGGUCGGUCCCCAGCUAGGUUUGGGCGAGGCUGGGGCCGGCUCAGCCACGGCUCAACAGCGGAGGUGCGCGUUACGCAGGAUCCCGAGCCCCCAUCCGAGGGGCCUGCCUGGCCUGCAGACAAAGGAGCCUGUGCCCCUGGGUGAUUUUCUGGCUGGCCCUGCCGCCACGCACCCUGAUGCCGUGGGGCAGUGAUUGGUUCUGAAAUGGAGCCUGUCUCUGGGGCAGAAGAAUUGAGGCCCUCGAGCUUCUUUCCUGAGUGGGGAGAACUCCUCCAAAGAACUCCCUUGGGAAGCUCUUCUGUCUAGCGGUGGUAGGUUUCCCAAAUCUGCAGAUGGUGCCGGGGUUGGCUUCCCUCCCCCUUUCCCCUUGCUGGGCAACCAGGCCAGAUUCCUGCUUCUCAGCUUAGUGGCCCCAAGCACCUCACCUGGUUUGUGUGUGGGGCGGGUGGGGGGUGGUCUGUGGAGGGGCAUGGUGCCCCCACUCCGCCCCCAGCAGCUGAGCCCACCUGCAGCCGGCCUCGGCCGCCGUCCCCCUGGACCCGGCCUGGCUUUCCCUUGGAGCGGGGCUGGCUGGAUUGUGUUUCCCAAAAGAGUCCCUCCCUGCCCGGCUCCCAGGCCUGGUCCCCACCUCCUCCCUGACCCAGCAAACAGGUAGAGCAGGCUGGGGUGGCCUUCACCCCGGCAGCCCCCUGGGGGCUGUGAUCGGGGGCCCCCAAACUCCUCCUCCCCCCACCAUGUGGGAGCAGCGAGGAGCUAGGGGCCUCCCUCGCACCCCUCUCCCCAGUGAAAUAAUGCACUUUAUGCUAUGCCACUCUUUAGCCCUUCCUACGUCGUGAUGAGUGGCGAGGGGGUUUAGAGAGAAAUGGCUGGAUGGGCGAGGAGAGGCAGUAGGGGACUAGGGGACCAGGGGCAGGCUUGCUGUCUGCAGGGAGCCGCCUCAGCCCCGUGUUCUCCAGGCUCGGCCUGGACCGAGUGGCCCCGGGGAACUCUUACCAGUGAGUUUGCGUGGGCCUGGUCCUCGCUGGGCAGACCUUCACCUGGAACGGCCAGCUCCAUGCCCCAGGGUCCGACCUCACCCAGCCUCAAGGAACCUGAGGUCCCAACCGUUUGGGCCUCAGGCUGGGCCGGGCCGGGCCAGUGAGGAGGGGGCAGACGCUGAACACUCCUCCUCCGCCUUCCUCUUGGACCGUUUCUAUCCAGCUGCGGCUCUCAAGCCCGGGGAAACAUACAAGAACAAAUGAGUGUGUAAAUAGGAGCUGUAUAUAGGUGUGUAAAGAAGUGGCUUCCAAUUAAGCUACAGUCAGUGGUGCAGAACCGUUAAAAGUGUUUUUCCCCCCUAGGUGGGCCAGAGUCUGGUCUCGACUGACCUUGUUGUAUUUAUCUCCACUUGGAAGGAACGCCAGCAAGUGAGGGGCGGGUUUGUGGGUGCGUUUGGCGAAGGCGAGGGUGGGCAGCCGAGGGGUAGGAGGGGCUUGAGCCCCUAGGGUUUGCCGGGGGAAUGGGGUGGCCCUGGAUAACACAUCUGAUCGUUCAAAUGCACUGACCCCUGCCAUCACCAACCUUUCGAGUAUUUCUCUCGAAAUACGAACUCUUAUUUAAAAGCCUGCCUUUUGGAAGGUUUGCUCUUUUUACUUAUUUUAAUAAAGAGAUCCUUUUUGUAACACACAA